AUGCCCUGCCGUGCUGCCCCUCCCCCUCCCCCUCCCCCACACUCGACCCUGGACCUGACACCCUCACCGCCCGCACUCUCGAAUCCACUCGUCUACCGGUUGCGGACCUGCUGUCUCCAAGAGUUUCUCCCCAGGGUCUCGAUCGUCCAGCGAUCCUCAAUAUCCACCACAGGAGCUAUCACAUCAACAACAUCCGCAACGGCGCCGCUACGCCCCUUCCCUUCGUCCUCUAGCUCUUCGGAAUCGCAUUCGUCUCUUUACUGUUGCUGCUCUCCAAACAGCUCGAGUUUGAGUUCGACCUCUGUGGAUCACACGACUCGCCCCUGUCCACGUUCACACCACGCGGUUGUGACUCCUCGUCGUUCGGGCGCUACUCAACUCUCUGCGCUGUUUAAUAGCGACUUCGCCAGUAGUUGUGGUAGCAAUGCAUGCUGCGGUAUCAUUGGCAACAGCAGCAGCAGCAACCACACCAUCGACAAUGUCGUCUCGCCCUCGUCAUGCCCUUCAAUUGCACACGCCCAAGCUCAACAGGAUACGCCUGCAUGUUCAUCAACAGCGACUUCUGGAUGGCAACAUCCUCCGACAAACAUCCCGCUCGCGCAGCUUCAAACUGCACUCGCACAUCGGUUCCUGAGAUGGGCGGUGUCUGAGCAGAUUGUCGUCGGCGCUGAGCAGGACCAACAACGUGUGGAGCAAUUUUCCCAAGAGCAGCAGCAGCAACAACAGGAGAAGGAUGCACAAGAGAAAGAGCAAGAGCAACGCGACAUGAUCGAUAGCGAUCAAGGGACGAUGCACAAUCAAACGCUAUCUGCGGAUGAUGAGCUGGCUCAAAUGAAAUCGAUCGCUGCAGCAGGGCAGGAUUGGGCAGCAGCCCAUGAUCUAGUGUGGCCAGAGGGGGAUUAUUACAUGGCCCAGAAGAGCUUCAUCCGUGAAGGCGUUGCCCAUUUGAAACGUGGUCGGCGUUAUAUCUUUGUGGAACCUGUUCUUGGACCGGCAACGUCGUACCUGUACCCGAGGUGGAAUGAUUCUACUCCAGCAGGGGAAGGCGUCGACGGUGUCUUGGAGGAAGCAGCGGACGAGGGAAGGAAUGACGCGGUGGUUGCGCCGACGACGACGACGGCGGCGGAUGAGCUUGAGGAAGAUAAAAAUCAGGAUGACGAUGUUGUUCAAAAUGAAGUCUUUGAGGACGUAGAUGGAAAGAUUGAGGGAGCGGAGAGUAUGAAUGGGGAUGAUAAGCGGACGGACGAGGAUGAUGAAUCUGAAGACCGUGCGUACGAGGCCUCGCUUGCUGUUGCUUCCGACAAGGGUGCUGAACGCGUUGAGAAGGAGGAGACGGACGAAACGGCUAAUGGUGGCGACAAUCCUUCGAGCACGACUACCGCCCUCAACAACAGCAAUACCAGCAGUAGCAGUAGCAGCAACAACAGCAACAGCAACAGCAACAGCACCACCACCACCAACAACAGUGCCAAUGCCGCCAGCAAUACAACGAACAACAACAAUGUCAACAGCCACGAGGACAACUCGGCCCGUCAUCUGCCCUCCGAGUUCCUGGAGCCGUAUUCCCCUCUUUUGGACCCCUCGACCGACGGCCAGGACCAAUUUGAGUACGGUCUUUACGAACUGCAGUAUAUCCCCAAGAUCCAGCGCCUGUUGCCACAUCAGUUCCUACCGACGCGACAGUCGUUCAUCGUCCAUCUGGACGAGGACCGUCCGACGCUGGCCUCACCGGUACCGAUGCACUCGAAGCGGAGCGAGUGCCGAUGCCAGCUAAUGAUGCGCAAGGUACUCAUGCACCGCGAUUUGUUCCAGGUCUGGCCGCCGAUCCCACCCGUGCGCACGCUCCAGGAGCGGAUUCAGGAGGCCGAGGAGGAGGCGAGGAUGUUGGAAAUCAAGCAGAAGGUGCAGAUGCAGACUAAAAACUGGAGAGAAACCCUUCAGACCCAAGUCGUCGCCUGCGGAUAG